UUCCUGCUCAGAAGCUUCCUGAAUCAGUCUAGGUUUCCUACAAGUAUAAAACUAAAAGAGCUGAGAACGCCUCAAAUUCUUGAAUUCACCCUCCUUCAUGAAGCAUGUUCCCUGGGUGUGGAAGGACAAGGGUGUGUGUGGCCAGCACAGCAUUGCUCUUUUGACUUGACUUCACCACUUCAUUUAUCCCGCAAAGUCACGAGACCGCGUGAUAGAAACUGCUGGCUUAGAUGGCGUCACCAGUCAUGUCGUAUUUGUUACCCGAAAGUCAGGGUUGAGCAACAUGGCUAUGUGGAUAGAGAGUGCCUCAUCCUGCACGGUAAGGACUUUGCUGUGUCCUUUUCCCAUGUCUGGACUUGUAUGCAUUACUGCACUGCUCACUUUCCAUGCUCCUAUUGCAGACAGAAAGGACACAUGUAUGCUGGCAUGCUUUUUUCCCUGAUGUCUGUAGGUACUGUGGCUGCAUCUGCAAUCUUUGAUCUCCCGUCUUUCUGGCUGAAUCUGGGUUUGUUUCUAGUUUGUGUUUCCAGAUCUCAGAUCUGCUUCUAUGAGCUCUCUUGACAUUUUCAGACUGUGCUGCCUACUGUGUUUUCAGGUCAAUACUGUGGGUGGCAACACUGGAGUUUGAAGGUAGCUCCCUUAUCUCCCUCCAUUCAUGGUUUGAAGGUAGCAUUUCUUAUCUCCGCUUAUGUUUGUUUGUUUUUCUAUCUCUCUCUCUUUUUUUUUUUUUCCCUUGUUCUUGUUAAAAUCUUGCCGGCUGAUCCUCAAACCAGAGGACAGUACCCUCAUGGGCAUUUAAUUUUCAAUAGAGCUGUUUCAGGGCAUCCAAUCUACACCAGCAUAUCUCAGUGACUCAAAGUUUCCUUUCACAGCACUAGAGACACUCACAUGAAUUUUGCAGUUGCAUGAAAUAUGAUUUUGUAUAACCAGGGCCCUGGGGAGCAGCUAUGUUUCUGGCCAUGUUAGCAUGUUCUAUCCUAUAAGCCAGUCAUCCUUUGAAUCCUCUGCCCUGGAUAUGGCAUGAGACACAGCUUUAUUAUCUCCAAAGCUGCUGCUGAAGCAGGCAUUGUCCACAUAUUCUUUCGGCUUGGUCUCUGCAUGCACUAGCUGUAAUCUCAGUGGCUGCUGCUCUUCUUUGCACUUUUGUUUUAUUCCAUUCCAUUACAGCUAGCUCUGGGAUCUGAACUUUCUCCCUAAUCCUACUUGACCUUAUUUCUUUAUAAGAUUAUUUUCAGGCAUCCACGAUGUUUGUUAUGUGAUGCACAGCUGCACCUUGCCCCCAGGAUCUUGGCUGCGUUGAGAGCCGAGGCAGAGCCUACACAACUCAAAGCUGCUCCUGUUUCAUUCCUACCACACGGGGAAUGGGUGCCGUGCAUGCAUGAUGUGCAGAAAGCAGACACUUGGGUGUUAGUGAUGGGAAUGAGCUUUUCUGAAUGAGGAGGUGGUGAGUAAAGGGCAGCUUUGAUGCAAGCAUCGAUCGGUGGGGAUCUGUGAGCCUACAGAAAUGUUUAACAGCUUGCGAACAGUUAGCAGGUGUCAUACUCUCGCCUCUCACAUUGCCAGCAAGGCAAAAUAUGCGCUCCCUACAGCAAGACGUGGGUCUUUGACAUUUCUUCAGCUGAACUGUUUCUGUCUUUUUUCUUUCUUUCUUUCUUAAUUUAAAGAAAUAACUCAGAAAAGAGUUUUGUGAUGAAGCGUUUCCUAAAUGAAUGCAACUUGGCAAACGGUAGAGCUAUUUAUUUUCCUUCGUAGAUAAGCUGCUAUCAAAGUACCUGGUUCUGAAACUUGGCACUUCUCUCAGUCAUCUUUCAAAGCAUGAACACCCUGCUUCUACUCCCCCCCAACCCUCUGUUUACACAACUGGGACAAAUUUCACACCAUGGGGACUGCUACCCCUGAGCCCCCAGCCCAACACUCACUGGCCAGGGAAGGGCUAUAUAUAAAGCUAUCCUCACAAACAGCUUGCACCUUUGGAGAGGACACCGCUGCCACUAUGGAAGCUGCUGCCUGUUGCCUGCCUCUUCACCAGCUCCCAUUGCCUACAGUUGGUGCUUGCCCAGCCCCAGGGCUGCAGGAGGGGGGAAGACCCAAGCCACUCUGGAGACCAUGGCUGCCACAGGAGGAGUACACAACCAGGCAGCAGAGGGAGCAGAUGGACAUUGCUCAGCCCUUGGAUGCUGUAGGAGAUCACAGCAGUGACAAAGCACUGUUCCGCCAUCCAGUCAGGCUCCUAUGGCCCAAAUCCAAGUGCUUUGACUAUCUGUACAGCGUGGGGGAGAAGCUGCUGGCCAACUUCCCGGUGCAGGCCACGCUGUGCCUCUACGAUGACUCAGACAGCGAUGGGGACGAGGCCGAAGAUGACGAUGAUGAUGAGGGGAACGAAGGCGAUGCUGGAGGCGUCGUAGGGUCAGGCUCCCCCCGGCCGGUCUGAGGGCAGCGUGAUGGCACAGGGAUGGAGUAUGAGCUGGGCAGGCCGAGCAGCCGUGAGGCUGAGCAGGGUGCAAGGCCCGGCACUGUGAAGCGAGCACCGGGCGCAGCGGGGCGGGCAGACGGUCUGUGGAGAAAUAAAGCGUGUGAGUGAA